GCAAUUGUCAAGUUCCCCGACGACUCUCGUACUCUCAAGCCUGUUCAACGCCGUGGACUCCGAAUCUGCAGUUGGCUCAUCCUCUCGCAUCUCCUGUGUUGAUUCACAAAUCUCUGUGGGCUCCGCCAUCUCCUGUUACGACACCGCGAUACCAACUCGAGGAACUACAGUUUUCCCCUUUCCGUGUGGAGAUAUUUUAAUGUCAGUUCAUUAAGAUUGUUGUGAUACCUUGACAUACAUUAUACUGUAACCUAAUGACCUCAACCCUUCCACUGUGCAUAAGUGUCUAGCAAAUGUAUCCAUACGUACUUUACGAGAGCUAAUAAUGAACUCUAUGACGACCGGAAUCUAAUGAUGGCUGACCUUGUGUCGGCGAUUCUUUCCCUCGACCAUCAUGACCGGUUCGACCAACAAGACCACAUUAGCCUCGGUGCUGCCCACCUUGAGGCCACCACCGAUCAAGCGCCGGCACUUACGCAAAUACUCAUGGCUCCCCGACGUCUUCCGUUUAAAAGGAAGCAUCAUCAGUAGGAUCUUUGGGCCUGUGCUCACCGUUACUCUGUUUGCUACGGGCAUCGCGUAUGCCAGCCACCACGGUUAUGUCCUCUUUGCCACCAACAGCAUCGUUCCGUUGCUUUCAGUCGUGGUCGGUUUGAUUCUCGUCUUCAGAAAUGGGACGUCCUACGAUCGCUGGUGGGAAGGUCGCAAAUGUUUUGCCUCUAUAACCUCCAACGUUCGGAGUCUCACUCGUCUUGUAUGGAUCAAUGUCGCGCUCCCUCCGACCGACGACCAGCCCGGAAGUGCCAAAGGCAAAACACCCACGACUGAAGUCACGAGCCACCAACUACACCGCAGGAAGACCGAGGUGUUGCAAUUGUGCGCGGCAUUCGCAUUCGCUACCAAACACUAUCUGCGUGGCGAGGAUGGUCUGCAUUGGAACGACUACCACGGUGUUCUCCCUGCGGCUUUCAUCAGAGCGGAUGAAGUGGGAUUCAACACUCAGCACACCACUGCGUCAAGCUCCUACGCGGCGACUCUCAACCACUCGGCCCCCUCUUCUAACGGUGGAUCCACUGACCAUAUCGCGACACGUCCAGAUGCCACGAAGCGCGUGCGGCCGAAACGCAGCAAACAACAGGUCGGACCUCGGACCCCGCUGCUUUCCGGAACUCAAAGAACAGUCGAAUUCCACCCGUAUGCUGAUGAAGCCUCCAUGCCCUUACCGCUGGUUCUCGCGCAUGAAAUCACACGCAAGCUGUUCCAAUUCCGGCGAGAGGGAUUCUUGGAGACCGUUGGACCGGCUGGUACAAAUGCUAUGACUGCUAUUGUGCAGAAUAUGGUCGAGCAACUGACCUCCAUGGAGCGAGUGGCCAAUACGCCUAUUCCCGUGUCUUACGGAAUUCAUCUCAAGCAAUGUGUCACGCUCUAUCUGUUUGCUCUUCCUUUGACCUUGGUCAAGGAGCUCGGCUGGGCAAUGGUUCCUCUUGUGACUGUGGUCGCGUUUACGUUCAUGGGAAUCGAAGGAAUUGCGGACGAAUUGGAGCAGCCGUAUGGGGAUGACACCGGCGAUCUUCCUCUCGAUAGAUAUUGCAAAGAUCUCAAAGAGGAAGUCGAUUACAUGAUUGAUAGGUUGCCGGAAGGUGGCGAAGGCAUUCACGGCUGGGACGACGGAGAGGGCGAUGACUGAAGUCGAUGGAAUCAACUGGGACAUGCACGAUACAUUGUAUUGUGAACUCAUUCUAAUGCUGAUUAUCGAAACUCUGGCUGGCAGUGUUCACCAGGUCCGUAGGGCUAGAGAUGGAGCAUUGAGCCACAGGCAAGUGAAAACAACCAGUUCAACGUACUUUGCUAGUAAGCGCGGUCAAUC